AUGAUGGAGAAGGAAAAGAAGAGUCAAGCAGCUGCAGCUGCGGAUACAGAUUUUGUGUUGCAAUGGGGAAGUACAAAGAGGCUUAGAUGUGUGAAACUGAAAAAAGCCCAAAACUUGGCCAACAAAUCUAAACUAAAUGAUUCUUUGCCCAAGAAGAAAAUCACAUCUCGUGCUGUCGCUACCGAGAAAGAAUUUCCUUCUCGCCUCAUCAAGAAUUCUGAUUUGUUAUCGAACAAUAGGAAGUCAUCGGUGUUGUCACCAGAAAAGGAAGAUCGGUACUACACAACAAGGGGAUCGAUGGGAUUGGAUGAUAACAGCAAAAUUUUAAUGGAUAAUGUCAAGGAAGAAAAAGUCGUUUGGCCUAGACUGUUUGUAACACUGUCUAACAAAGAGAAGGAAGAGGAUUUCAUGGCUAUGAAAGGAUGCAAACCUCCUCAAAGGCCUAAGAAAAGAGCCAAGUUGAUUCAACGAACUUUACUUUUGGUAAGUCCAGGUGCAUGGUUAUCAGAUUUGUGUCAAGAGAGGUAUGAAGUGAGGGAGAAGAAGACUUCCAAAAAGAGACCUAGAGGAUUGAAGGCAAUGGGAAGCAUGGAAAGUGACUCAGAAUGA